UCCAUAUCCGAGGAGAGAAUGGGUUAGAGAGAGAGAGAUAAAAAUAUCAGUGGCCAUUGCAUAUCAACCAAAGUUUCCUCACUGCAUAUUCUCUCUCUCUCUCUCUCUCUCUCUCCUUCAUCUUUUUAGCCCAAAGAUAUAAUCUUUGUCGGUGGAUUCCUUUUUGAAUCAGUUAUUAUUAUUCACCCCUUUCUAUAUUGUCUUGGUCCCUCCCUCCCCUGCUAACCUUUUUCUUUUCCUCUUCUCCUUGUAUUUUCCUUUUCCUUGGUGACACAAAGCUCAAUCAUUGAGCCCCCACCCCAAAUUUUUUUUUUUUUCUUUCAAAAAGUGAUCUUUUUCUACAAAAAUUUGAUGCCCAGGGAACAACUAUUCCCUACAAUCUUUUUCUCCUCUUGGGUUCAUUUGGGUGUCUUCUUGAGGAUCUUGAUGUGGGUUUUCACCCAGGGUUGGAAAGGUUUCAACUUGCCACUUGGGUUUUGUAGUUCUUUCUCUUUUCUUUCCUCUUAGGAAGAANAAAAAAAAAAAAAAAAAAAAAAAAAAAAAAAAUCCUCCCUUUUGUUUUAAAAAAUUUAUUAAAUGAGGUUUUGGUUGUGAUUUUUGUUUUUUUGAUGAGGGUUUCAUUGUACAAGUGCCAUUGCCCGAUCAUUUGCUGCUCCAAGUGUUACUCACCUUGUUGGGAGAGUUCCAGAGAUGCUCAUCCUGUUUCUUCGAGUCCGAAUCCAGUUACUGUUGCUGUGAAUGAGGGAGCUUCUGAUGAUCAGAGGAUUGGUGAUGAGGGUGAUGAGGAAAGGGGAGUUGUUGAUGAGGGGAAAGAAGAAGUGCUUCUCAAAAGCAGUCUAAAGAAGCAAUCCGGUCCCGAUUCGAUCGAGAUCGAAAAAGGGGGUGUGAAGUGGAGGGACUUCCUGGGGAAAGAUCUUGCCGAGGUUCGGGAGUUCGAACCAAUUGAAUCAGGAGAAUCAGAGGAUGGUUCUGAUGACAAUUCGAGCUGUGUGUGCGUCAUUCAAUAAGCCAAAGGCGCCUUUACAUUGCUAUGGAGUGGGAGCAAGUGGCAAAUUUAUCAUUAGCGCGUGAGAAUAAGAGGCUCGAGUAUUCUGGUGAUAGUUUUCUUUGUAAAUAACUCCCCUUUUGAGUUGUAUCAAUUGAUUGUGCAUCUUACAUAAUAUGUUCUUUGAAUUAUCUGCCGACUUUUAGUGGAUGCUGUAGUUAUGGCCAGAAAAGUGAGUCAGAACUUCGAAAUGAUGCAGAAACACAUCAGAUUUAGCUGGAAACAUUUUUGUCGGUCUCCUGCAGAAUCAUGUUGUUUUCGACUUCCCAUUUUGAAUGACUGAGUUUUGAAUUUUCAUUUUGAGUAGUUGUGUUUU